GGGAGCCAUGGCUGCAGAGAGCCCCGUGGGGAGUCUCCAGCAUGAAGCUACUUGCUCCGUCUGCCUGGAGUUCUUCAAAGAUCCGGUGAUUCUGGACUGUGGGCACAACUUCUGCCGAGUUUGCAUCAGCCAGUGCUGGGAUGGAUUGGGUCCUAACUGCUCCUGCCCCCAGUGCAGACAAGUCAUGCCACAGAGAAAUCUCAGACCAAACAGGCAGCUGGCAAACAUUGUCAAAAUAACCAAACAGCUGAGUUUACAGGCAGCCAAGGGAGCUGGAGAGGAGAACAUGAGAGAGGGAAGCCAGGAGGCUCUGCACCUGCUCUGUGAAGAGACUCAGACUGAAGAGGUGUGUGACAGAUGCCACGCUCACACUGUUCCAGUUGAGAAGGUUGCUCAGGAGUACAAGGAAAAACUUCAGACCUAUUUGAAGACUCUAAGUGAAGACAAAGAAAAGCUCCUUGGAUUGAAAAUGAAUGGAGAUGAGAGAAUCCAGGACUAUCUGCAAAAGACAGAAGCUGAGAGACAGAAGCUUGUGUCUGAAUUUCAACAAUUGCACCAAUUUCUGGAGGAACAGGAGAGACUCCUGCUGGACCAGCUGGGAGAGUUGGAGAAGGAGAUCAUACGGAGUCGGAAUGAAAAGCUGUCCAUGGAGAUUUCCCGUCUCAGCGACUUGAUCAGUGAGAUGGAGAGGAAGUGCCAGCAACCAGCAAGUGAAUUCCUACAGGAUGUCAGAAACACCUUGAGCAGGUGCAAGAAGGGGAAGUUCCAGGAGCCACUGGAGAUUCCCUCUGAGUUGAAAGCAAGACUUGCAGAUUUCUCCCAGAAAAAUGUUGCCCUAAAAGAGACCCUGAGGCAAUUCAAAGAAACUCUACCAUGUGACCUGGAGAAGAGAAGAGGGGAGCUUCUGGGCUCCUACAUAAAGGUGCAUGUGACUCUGGAUCCAGACACUGCUCACCCUGAUCUUAUCCUGUCUGAAGAUCACAAAACUGUGAGAUGGGGAAUGAGACGGCAGGAUGUACCCAAUAACCCGCAGAGAUUUGACACAUGGCUGUGUGUGCUGGGCUGUGAGGGAUUCACCUCAGGGAAACAUUGCUGGGAGGUGGAUGUGGAGGUUGGUGGAAACUGGGCUGUGGGAGUGGCUAAAGAGUCUGUGAGCAGGAAGGGACGGAUCAGCCUGGACCCUAAGGCAGGGAUCUGGGCUAUGUGGCAAUGCGAGGGCCAGUACCAGGCUCUCACCGCUCCUCGCACUCCUCUGUCCUUGAGCCAAGCACCCUGGCGGAUCCGGGUCUGUCUGGACUAUGAAGGGAGGCGUGUAGCAGUUUUAGAUGCUGAUAAGGAAGUACCAAUCUUCGUUUUCCCACCUGCCUCCUUCACUGGGGAGAGAAUCUGCCCUUGGUUCUGGGUGGGGAGAGGAUCCCGGCUCAGACUAUGACAGGGGGAUGUGUUCUGGGAAAGUAUAACAGCUUAUGGCCUGGUCAGUUAGACCAGCAAUCUUAGACCACCAAAACUGUACACAGUCGGCAUGUCUACAUGUGAAAUUAACGCAAAGCAAUAAA